ACUGUUCAAUCCAGUGCACUGAACUGUGAUUUUUACUUUGUCUUCGAUCCCGAUCAGUCCACACACACUUCUUUUUUCUCCACCGAGAUUCAACCACGACCAAAACAGAUCCUGUCUCCGUCGCCUCGCCGCCGCCGUCGAAGGUUGUACCGCCGUCGAAGAUUUCGCCGCCGUCGAAGGUUUCGCCGCCGUCGAAGGUUUCGCCGCCGUUGAAGAUUGUUGCCGUCGAAGGGAUUUGUUCGUCAACAACUUGAAACCCAGUUGAGAAAGAAAUCAUGGCAUAAAAGUGUUUGUGUGCCUUCUACAUAUCAAAGUAUCCGUUCUUGGAUUCAACUCGCCAUCACAGAGUUCACAAGUGAAAUGCAUAGAGAGGGAGAGACAAGCACUCCUCACUUUCAAACAAAGUGUUCCAGAUUACCAUGGCAUGCUGCUCACCUGGAGGGAUGAUGAAAAUAACAGAGAUUGUUGCAAAUGGGAAGGUAUUGAAUGUAACAACGAAACUGGUCACAUAGAGAUGCUUGAUCUUCGUGGUGGUUCAAUAUCGCAUUAUUUGUCAGGUUCAAUCAAUAUCACUUCAUUGUGUGACUUGCAAUAUUUGGAAUAUUUGGAUCUCAGCUUUAACUAUUUUCCCAAUAGCCAAAUUCCAGCAUCCAUCGGCUCCUUUCAAAGGUUAAGAUAUCUCAAUCUAUCAUGCUCAAGAUUCUCAGGGACAAUUCCUUAUGAACUUGAAAAUCUCUCAAAGUUAGAGUAUCUUGAUCUUAAAAGUAAUGAUCUUCUUGGAGAAAUUCCUUCACAACUGGGAAAUCUUUCAAGUCUGCGAUAUCUUGAUCUAAGUGACAAUUAUUAUAUUAAUGGAGAGAUUCCUUCACAACUUGGAAAUCUGUCACAUUUGAGGUAUCUCGAUCUUUCAGAUACUGGACUUGCUAAUGCAAUUCCUUCUGCACUUGGAAGUCUGUCACAUUUGAGGUAUCUCGAUCUUUCAUAUAAUGAACUUUCUGCAAUUCCUUCUCAACUCGGAAAUCUGUCACAUUUGACGUAUCUCGACCUUUCUGGAAAUUCACUUUCCGGAGCACUCCCUCUCCAGGUUGGAAAUCUUCCUCUCUUGCAUUCUCUUAGACUUGAUGGACGUUCCGGUCUUCAUUUAAAAGAUGAAAAGUGGCUAACUUCUCUCUCUUCAUUAACAACUCUCACUCUCUAUUCAUUUUCUUAUCUUCACUUCUCUCAUCCUUGGCUUAGUGACCAUCUUCCAAACUUACGAGAGUUGAGUCUUGUCCAAUGUGGUCUUUCAGAUCAUCAUAUUUCAUCUUUGUUUCCUUCUCAAUCCAAUCUUUCCACUUCACUUUCCAUCCUUGAUCUCUCUGAUAAUAUACUGACGUCAUCGACAUUUCAAUCGUUGUCCAACUAUAGCUCUAAUCUCCAAGAGCUUCAUCUUUCUGGUAAUGACAUUGUUUCGGCCUAUCCUCACUAUCCAAACUUUCCUUCUCUUGUGCUCCUUGAUCUCUCUUCUAAUAAUCUGACUCAGACAUCAAUAUUUCAAGGGAUUUUCAAUUUUAGCACCAAACUACAAAAUCUUUACUUAAGAAAUUCCAGUCUCACUGAGAGAAAUUUUGCUGUGACAUCUGCUUCCAUUAAAAAUUCUCUUUCACUUGUCACCCUUGAUCUCUCAGGUAAUCUAUUGAAAUCAUCGGCUAUAUUUAACUGGGUUUUCAACUUCACCACCAAUCUUCAAAGCCUUUCCCUUGAUGCUAACUUAAUAGAAGGUCCCAUUCCAGAUGCACUUGGGAAAGUAAUGAACUCUCUUGAAGUUCUGGGAAUUAGCUCCAACAAACUGAAAGGCGAGAUUCCAGCUUCCCUUGGAAACAUAUGCACCUUGAAGAUAUUAUACCUUUACGGUAACAGUUUGCGUGGGAAAAUUUCUAGCUUCAUUCAGAAUUCCUCAAGGUGCAACAGCCCUGCACUUGAGACGCUAGAUUUAUCAAAUAACUUGAUUAUUGGAAAACUACCUAAUAUUUCAGCCUUUACAUCUUUGAAGAUUUUAUGUUUUUCCAACAAUCAGUUAACUGGAGAAAUACCAAAAAGCUUUGGGUUACUUCAUCGAUUGCAGUCUCUUCGUCUUGAGGAGAAUUAUUUGGAAGGUGAUAUCAAUGAAUUGCAUCUCACAAAUUUGUCCCAAUUGUUAGAACUGGACUUAUCAGACAACUCGUUGUCAUUAACCUGGUUUCCACCUUUCCAAUUAUUUAAUUUGGGACUAGCUUCUUGCAAGUUGGGUCCUAGCUUCCCAAGUUGGCUCCAGUCUCAAAAUCAGCUAAGCUUCCUUGAUAUUUCUGAGGCGGGGAUUGAUGACUUUGUACCUGAUUGGUUUUGGAACAAGUUACAGUUUAUCAGUAGGAUGAAUAUGUCCUAUAACCGUCUCAAAGGUGUGAUUCCGAAUAUAACAAUGAGGUAUGUCAACUAUGGUCCCGAGGCAAUAAUUCUAAAUUCAAAUCAAUUUGAGGGUGUAAUUCCUACGUUUUUGUCACACGCUGGCACGUUGGAUUUGUCAAGAAAUAAGUUUUCGGAUUUAAAUACAUUAUUGUGCAGAAAUAGAGCAACAAAAGAUAUGCGUACUUUGGAUUUAUCAAAUAAUGAAAUAACGGGACAACUGCCUGAGUGUUGGGAACAUCUAAGUUCAUUAGUAUUUCUUGAUCUCAGAAAUAACAAAUUAUCUGGAAAGAUUCCACAGUCCAUGGGUACUCUUGUUAACUUGCAGGCUCUGGUCCUACGAAACAACAAUUUUAGGGGAGAACUGCCACUCACAUUGAAAAACUGUUCUAGCUUAGAUUUAUUAGAUGUGAGUAAAAAUUUGUUGUCUGGUCCAAUACCUUCUUGGAUCGGGGAAAAUAUGGAACAAAUGAAAAUCUUGAGCUUGAGAGUAAAUCACUUCUUUGGAAGUGUUCCUGUACAGCUCUGCUAUUUGAGUCAAAUUCAAGUCUUUGACCUCUCACAGAAUAACUUGACAGGGGAAAUACCAACUUGUUUCAGAAAUUUUACCACAUUGAUGGAAAGGAGCGUAAUCCGGAGGGAAAUUGUAAGGAAACGAAAAAUUUCAGCUGAAGAAUCUUAUGGAUAUAUUUAUGACUCUUACUUGUCAUUGGAGUGGAAAGGUCAGGAUUAUGAGUUUUGGAAUCCAGAGAAUCUUCUCAAGAGCAUUGACCUCUCAAGUAACAAUUUAACAGGUGAAGUACCCAAAGAGAUUGGAUAUUUAGAUGGAUUGAUUUCUUUGAAUUUAUCAAGAAACAACUUUCAUGGUGAAAUUCCUUCUGAGAUUGGGAAUUUAAGUUUGCUAGAGUUUCUGGACUUAUCAAGAAAUAAUUUGUCAGGCAGUAUUCCUUCCACUCUUUCAAACAUUGAUCGUCUUGGUGUGUUAAACCUAUCAAACAAUAAUCUGAGUGGAAGAAUCCCUUGGGGAAGACAGUUGCAAACCUUUGAUGCCUCUAGUUUUGAAGGAAAUAAUGAUCUUUGUGGAGAGCAACUCAACAAAAGUUGUCCUGGAGACAAGACACAAAAACCUAAAGAAGCAGCCAUUGAUGGUGAAGAAGAGAAUUCAAUUUUGUAUGGAGGAUUUUACAUGAGCUUGGGAGUAGGAUUCUUUGUAGGCUUCUGGGGCUUGUUAGGGUCAAUACUGAUUUGGCAACCAUGGAGAAUUGCUUAUAUGAGAUUCUUGAACAGACUCAUAGACUACAUUCGUGUAAUGGUUGAACUGAACAUUACCAAAUGCCAUAUUUUGCUAAAAGGAUAGUUAUUGGGUACGUUAUUCCAUUAAAUUCUUUCUCUAAACUUGCUAGUGAUUAUUUCUCUUUU